AUGACAUCUGUAUCCAUUUUUUUCCUGCUGCAAUCCACUAAUUAUGGAUCUAGUGACCAUGUCAACACUGUACUUGACCCCACACCUGACCUACAUCCCACAACCCAGCCUACCAAUGCUCAUGACAACCCUGAUGCCUAUGUUGAGAAACUGAUGCACCAUUGGGUGAAAGGUGCCUCCUGUGCACAGCAGUACCUUGACUCAGUCAUUAAUGCAUACUUCUCCAAAUUUCCAUGGAGGCUCAAGGUGUCUGAAAAUCCCACUGCUCCAGCUUCUGAACAGCUGAACUCAAUAGAGAACCUUUUGAAGGUGGAAAUGGAGCAGAAACAAUGCAAGGUUACUGCUAUGCACAAGCUAUCUGGCAUAGGCAAGAAAAAGCCAAAGGCUUUGCAAGCCCACCAGUGGUGGUCCAAGGACCAUUUUGACACCAUUGUCAGGCCCAGUUUUCAGGAGAGAUGCAAUGCUCAGGGCAUAAAGGGGAAGGCAAUGGUAACCUUCCAAGAACAAGUCACUUGA